AGCAUUGCACCUAUGAUGGGAUCCUUGUCGCUUCCAGCGCAUCCUGCGGCGCUUGGAGCCAUGUGCAUUUGAGGUGCAGUCGUGCCGUUGUGAUAUGAUGGCAUGGAGAAGACAGGAAUGGAUCGAGUCCAUCAGGUUUCAAGACUCUACAGGAGAGCUUUCCCUCUGCACUGAGAGGUGGAACAUUACUGACGAUGAGCUCAAGGUGAUUUUGCGUAAUCUCCAGAAGCAGGUCAUGCGUCACCGCUCCUGGCAGACAUUAAGGUACUUGUGCCUGAACGACCUGCGCCUUGCUGACAACCAGAUCUCGGACGCGGGCCAUCAGCCCGCAUCGGAUGUCUACUUUUACUUGGAUAGGGGCUUUUACUUUUAGCGUUGAGCAGCUGUCCAAGGCUGCCCUGGCCAUGCCACUGCGACUGCGCAACCUUCGCCUGCACCGGAACCGCAUUGGCGAGGCGGGGGCUUGCGCUCUGGCAAAGCUCCUGCUGGAAAGCGAGGUGCCCUUGCUGGAGUUGCACCUGUCACACAAUCGACUCUCGCCGCUGGACGCUCGGCGUCUCAUUGAGGCGACCGCAGAAAGGGAGGAGUACGCUCGAGGACCACUCUGGUUGCGUUUGGAGCGGCAGCAAACAUUCUCUUGGCAAUUCGAGACCUCAGAGUCAAAGCGGUGGGAGAGGAUUCUAGAAAUGAUCGAAGGUUUGAGCGAAAGCCUACAGGAGAUGCGCUUUUUGCGGAAGCUGCAACCAAAAUGGCUUGACGGGCCACUUCUGUGUUUGGUGCAGUAUCAAGGCAUUUGCAAGUCCAGCUGCUGCGGCCAGAGACAUCGCCAUGGGCCAAUAGUUCAGCUCCCCUAUUUGUGGCAGCAGGGCCGCAGAUAUUGGACCCACACGACCAACACGACAGACACUGCGAAGCCCGAGGAGGUCCCGCCGCCGCCCUCGCAGCCCGUGCGCCGGCCAUACAAAUCCAGGCUCAAGAAGUCGGAGCCAGCUGUGCUCUACGAUAGCGAGGAUUUGCAAGUUGUGGAUAAGGGUCCGUACUGGAUUUGCAGAUGGGCGUCCAAAUCCUCCGAUGUACGCGACUGGCGCGCACAUUUGCCUUUAGAAACACGCAGCUGGCAAGAGAUCGUGGAAUCCAAUGACCCAGAGCAUUUGGAUUUGUACGUGGCGCGGCGCUAUUGGGAUGAAAUGGCCUGGAAGUGGUAUCGAGAUCCCGACAAUGGCGCUGGAUUUGUGCAUCGACUGGACUGCCAGACGUCGGGAUGCAUGAUUCGUGCAAAGACGGCCUGCGCAUGCGACUACUUGGAUUUGCAGAUGCGCCGGCGGCAUAUUUGCAAGGGCUACCUUUGCCUUGCGCAUGGGCACAUAAGUCCCGCUCCAUUCCGGAUCAACGCUCCGCUGGCCAUGGACAAGUGGCGAGACGAGGCUGUGGUAGAUGCGCGCGAAGGACAAUGGGCUGAAAGUUACGUCAUGCCCGUGGCAUAUUACCGCUGGAGCGAAAGCAUGUUUUCGCUAUGUGCUGUCCGAAUUGUGUCGGGUAAGACUCACCAGAUCCGCAAGCACAUGGAGCACAUUGGGCAUCCAUUGGUUUCAGAUAGAAAGUACAACCCACUGCAGAUUUACACGGACAGACGAUGGUGUUCAAGGCUGUUUCUGCAUGCCUAUGAGAUCUGGUUGGAAGACGCAGGCACCCGCUGCAAAGUGUCAGCGCCUCUUGCCCUAGACCUGCGCGAAGCACUGGCCAAGCUAGAGGCUGACACCAGGCUGAGCGAGCCUAAGCUGGAUAUGCAAACAGGCGUGCUGCAGAAGGCUGUCAUGGAAGAACUCAUGCAAAUGGACAGAAGUCUUCCAGAGAAAAACCCAAGAGCCGAGCCUGAGGGUGCAGCCCAAGACGCGCUCCAGCCACAGCAGAACAAAGACUGGCAACUGGUGCAGCAAGAGGAGCCUGCAAGCCAGACAGUGCAGCCAACGUGUCAGCCAGACCAGCAAGCUCUUUACAAGACGGCGCAGGCCGCGCUUCAGCCAGAGCGGCAGAACCCAAGCAAGCCAGCGCCGUUGGCGCAUAUGCCAAAGAAUCCAGCAGUCAAGCCGCCUCCGCUAGCGCUCCAAGCUGAACUGAAGGCAAGCAAAGCAGCAGCGUUUGCGUUUUGGCCAAAGCAGCCGACAAGUGCGUCAGAGCAGCCAGUGCCCGCAUUUCAGCCAGAGCGUCAGACUGCAAGCAAGCCUGCGCCGUUGGCGCAUAUGCCAGAGCAUCCAGCAGUCAAGCCGCCCCCGCAAGCGCUCCAAGCUGAACUGAAGGCAAGCAAAGCAGCAGCGUUUGCGUUUUGGCCAAAGCAGCCGACAAGUGCGUCAGAGCAGCCAGUGCCCGCAUUUCAGCCAGAGCGUCAGACUGCAAGCAAGCCUGCGCCGUUGGCGCAUAUGCCAGAGCAUCCAGCAGUCAAGCCGCCCCCGCAAGCGCUCCAAGCUGAGCUGAAGGCAAGCGAAGCAGCAGCGUUUGCGUCUUGGCCAGAGCCAGAGCGUCAGACUGCAAGCAAGCCUGCGCCGUUGGCGCAUAUGCCAGAGCAUCCAGCAGUCAAGCCGCCUCCGCUAGCGCUCCAAACUGAGCAGAUAGCAAGCAAAGCAGCCGCGUUUGCGUCUCGGCCAAAGCAGCCAGCGCCCGCAUAUCAGCCAGAGCGUCAGACUGCAAGCAAGCCUGCCCCGUUGGCGCAUAUGCUAGAGCAUCCAGCAGUCAAGCCGCCUCCGCUAGCGCUCCAAGCUGAGCUGAAGGCAAGCGAAGCAGCAGGGUUUGCGUCUCGGCCAAAGCAGCCGACAAGUGCGUCAGAGCAGCCAGUGCCCGCAUUUCAGCCAGAGCGUCAAACUGCAAGCAAGCCUGCGGUGUUGGCGCAUAUGCUAGAGCAUCCAGCAGUCAAGCCGCCUCCGCUAGCGCUCCAAACUGAGCAGACAGCAAUCCAAGCAGCGUCUCGGCCAAAGCAGCCGACAAGUGCAUCAGAGCAGCCAGUGCCCGCAUUUCAGCCAGAGCGUCAGACUGCAAGCAAGCCAGCUAUGCCAGAGCAUCCAGCAGUCAAGCCGCCUCCGCCAGCGCUCCAAUCUAAGCUGAAGACAAGCAAAGCAGCAGCGUUUGCGUCUCGGCCAAAGCAGCCGACAAGUGCAUCAGCGCAGCCAGUGCCCGCAUUUCAGCCAGAACGUCAGGCUGCAAGCAAGCCAGCGCCGUUGGCGCAUAUUCCAGAGCAUCCAGCAGUCAAGCCGCCUCCGCUAGCGCUCCAAGCUGAGCAGAUGACAGGCCAAGCGAUAGCAGGGGGCGAUGUGGGGCUUGGGGCUGCAGCUUGGUUGGGACGGGAGAAAGACUGAUACAAAGCUGUCACCAAUCGUC